CUGAAAGAUCAGAAUGUCCGAUUGUCUCAUGUUGAGACUAUUUCUCACUUUGGAUAAUUAGCAACAGUGGCAGUGUUCAUUAGAGCACACAGAUUUGUGUUGCAUAGAGAGAGAGAGAGAGAGAGAGAGAGAGAGAGAGAGAGGGAGAUUGUUUAUCCUCGGCUUCUCUUGGCCAAAUCCAUGCUUUAAAUGACGCCAUCUUCCUAUCUCUCCUCUCCAAAGACUACGCCACAGAGGAGAGCACAGAGAAAGUUUCUUCCGGUCUUCUCCUAUGGCAAGAAACCCUCCUCCAAAUGAACAGUUAGCAGAAGAAGACUACAUCGACAUGGACUUCAGCUCCGUCACCUUCUUCUGCGCUUCUCCUCCGCACCCGACAGAGUUCGAGUUCCAAAUGAGUGCCAACCCACAGCAGAGCGAGCCUGUGGCUUCCCCUGCAGAUGAGCUCUUCUUCCAAGGAAAGCUCCUUCCCCUCCACCAUCCCCCGCGGUUGCAUAUGGGGGAGGAGCUCGUCCACGAUCCGACUUUCUUCAUCCGUGAACGUGGCUCGGAUCAGACUGAGAAGAGUACUGCAGUCAUCAGAACUCGCAGUGUUGCCACCUCUACUCCAUAUCAGUCCUGCAACGCCUCGCCCGCCACUUCUUGCUACGUCAGUGGAGAGCUCGAGGCAGAUGACUGCUCCGAGGAGCUCAUCCAGUCACACCCGAAGAGAUCAUGGACCAGGAAGCUCAAGUUCAUAAAGGAAGCCACGCUUGGGCUGAAGCUGAAAGCUUCCAAAGCUUAUUUCAAGUCCUUCUUCACCAAAUCUCGAUGUUCGAAUGAGAAAUUUGCAGCCUCUAAAGACGAGCACUGCUCGCAUGCCUGCCAAAAGGAAGCAGAAAGGAGCAAAGAAGAAGAGAAGACGAAGGAAGCAGUAAUUGCAGGACACAGGAGGUCUUUUUCUGGUGCAAACCACUGGCAGUCAUCAGUUAAGUCCUCCGUUUCUUCUUCAUCAUGCACUUCCUCUAAAUCUUCAUCCUUUUCGAGUGUGAACUCCAAGGAAUCCUAUGGACAACCGACGCUGAAAAGGAGCAGCAGUGUCAACUCUGACAUAGAGAGCUCGAUCCAAGGAGCAAUUGCUUACUGUAAGAAGUCUCAUCAGAAGGACUCGGCCAGAAGAAGCACAAGUGAGAUUGGGUUCUGUUUGCUCUCUGUAUCUAAAAUUGCACCACAUAGUCAACAUGAGAAGCCAAGAAUUUGGGGAAGAGUGAUGUGAAUGAUGUCCACUAUAUCAAAAAGAACGAGAACGAUCGAAUUGCAGUGUGUUUACCUAUGUAUGCCAUGAUUCAAUCUAUGAACCUAAGCACUGUAUUCCUGAUGAAACUCGACACAAAGAAAUCUUUUAUUUUACUUGA